CUCACUCACAUAACCUCCUAUUCCGGUCAUCUGAUACGCACACAUCACUUUCUGCUACGGAUCCGUUCUCUCGUUCAGUAGCCACACAUCUUCCAUCUCACGGGCCACUUUACAACCUUCAUAUCAGGCAGAGCCUACCUUUAUCUCUCACAUCGAAUCUUUCCUGACCGUACAAUCGUCACCAUGGCAGAAGGUAGCAAUUACGAUUAUCUCUUCAAGGUGGUGUUGAUCGGUGACUCUGGUGUCGGAAAGUCAAAUCUGCUCUCACGUUUCACCCGUAACGAAUUUAAUCUUGAAUCAAAGUCUACCAUCGGGGUCGAGUUUGCCACGCGGAGCAUCAAUGUCGAUGGCAAGACUGUCAAGGCGCAGAUCUGGGAUACUGCCGGACAAGAACGUUACCGAGCAAUCACAUCAGCCUACUAUCGAGGUGCUGUCGGCGCUUUGCUGGUGUAUGACAUUGCCAAGCAUGCGACCUAUGAGAACGUCACUCGAUGGUUGAAAGAAUUGCGCGACCAUGCAGAUCAGAACAUUGUCAUCAUGCUCGUGGGGAACAAGAGCGAUUUGAAACAUCUACGGGCGGUCCCAACAGAUGAGGCGAAGGCCUUUUCAACUGAGAACAACCUCUCCUUCAUCGAGACAUCUGCCCUCGACGCCUCAAACGUCGAAUCUGCUUUCCAAAACAUUCUCACUGAUAUCUACCGCAUUGUCUCUUCCAAAGCUCUCGACUCCUCCGGAGACGUUAUCAAGCCCGCCGGCGGCGAGACAAUUUUGGUGGCGCCCACAGCCGACGACGGUGGCGCCAAACAAGGUUCCAAGUGCUGUGCAUGAACGUUUGGUUGAUGCGGUCUAUCAAGAACAUGGGUAUGGGCCGAACAGAAUAUAUGAUGGCAGAGGGCCGAUAUCUCAAUUGUGUAGGAACUCUUCUAGUCGCCUGGAUGGGCGAGAUGUAUUACCAUGCUAGACC